AUGUGCCAGGUCACCACACACUCCCAAGGCCCAGUGCUAAGCCAGAAGCCCUGCCAAGUCCAAAGUAACCUGGCCUGCCCACAUCCCCGCCUGGCCCUUGCCCUGAAGGACACAACUGGCCAACUAGGUGACGCAGCGCUGCAGCAGCAGAGUAACCUACAGCUGCCAGCAGGGAGGUCCCAGGGGAGGAUCCGAGAGCCAUUUGUACAGCAGAGUAACCUGUGCUUCCGAGGGACCACUAGCCCCCAUCUGCAGUACAGCUGUCUGCCACCAACUGGCCCAUCCUCCCACCAGAAGCACAGACUCCAGGUCGCAGGCUGCUUAGACUCGAGACUCUCUGGGGACUUGGAGCCUCUUGAUGGGUUCACAAGGCCUGGCCCCAGGCCCUGGUGUCGUUCAGGGAGCUGGGCACCCAGGCUUGUGGGGGAACCCCUCACCUUGGAGGACCUGUCUGUCUCUGUCCACAGUCAGUCUCAGGCCUCAUCCCCUUCCUCCUGCAGAACUGCCCACUGGCUGCUGGACUCCACCCAACACCUAGAACCUGAGAACAAGGCUCAAAACAUUGUGACCCUGGACUCCCAAGCAGCCUGCCGGAAGCUGCUGUCCGAAAGUUUCAGAGUCUGGAGGCGCUUGUCACAGAGGCACCAGGCAGAGGCUAAGGCCACAGCCAUGAGACAGAGGCAGCUGAUUCGAAAGAGCCUCAGAGAACUGCGCUGGGUCCUAUGGCUCCAGGAGACCCGACUGGAGACAGCUUGGAAGCAACAAGCAAAGGCCCUUCUAGUCCGGAGCUUCCAAAAGUGGAGACAUGUCGCUUUGCAGCAGAAACCGGAGCAACCUCAGACCCAGGCUGCGCCAACGGUCCUUGCUUCUAGGGGAAGCCUUUCCUUGGAAAGAAAAGCAGCCGCAGAUCUUGCCUGGAGACGCAGGUGCUUUAGGGCCUGGCAACAGUUAGCUCAAAGAGGGGCCCAGUACAGAAGACAUCUGGCCCACCGAAGAGUGAGGACCUUAAGGGUAUGCCUGAGACAAUGGAUGGAGAUGAAGCGGCUCCAGGCCUCAGAUGUCACAAAGGUGACUCAGUUGGCCCUCCACCGGCAGAAGGCAGGGAAUGGGGUUCUCAGCGGCUUAGCCCCAGGAGCAGCCAUGGCCCAUUGCCUGGAGACAGUGACCCACGCCCAACAGGUAUCCAAGGGUCCAGAUCAGUGCUCCCUGUGGGAGAUCAGACAGAAGUUGGCCCUCUGCCGGACCCUGCUGCUCUGGAGGACACGAUUCUACCGGCACCAGCAAGCUGUUGUCCUCCUCAGCUGGAGCCACUGGACUGCAGCUCAAGGGGCCCUGGGAGAGCUAGCUGCUCACUGGGCCUGGAAUUGGAGCUGUGGGGCUGUGAUGGGUCUGGGGAGGCAGCGGCUGGCGGGGUGGUGGACAGUGCAGGAGAAUCCAGGAGUGAGGCCAGGGACUGGGCAGCAGUUUCUCCGUGAACAGUACCAGAGGUGGGGGCAGGUCCACCUCCCAGUUCUUCAGAAGGUUGUGUCUAGGGACUGGACUGGCAGCAGGCUGUAG